AUUACCUGAUGUAGUACACCCUGGGAAAGCAACUAACAUAAAUUGGUGUAAACACCAACAGCUGUUUUAUGAUAUAACCAACAAAUAAAUUGAAAAAAUGUUGCGAAAGUUCAAUCCACUUCUUGUGCGAGCUGUCAAACAUGCAGAUAUACAUUUUGUGAGAGGUGUUACAAAGUCUUCUUGCCUGCAAGCAAGCAACGUCUAUGAGCCAGACUAUUUGGAUUCUUUAAAACCGAAAUAUCCCCAAUAUGAAAGUUUGAAUGUUCAAAUUAAGGGAUACGAUUAUCCCGUUUUGGAAAGUUAUCAGAGAUAUUUACACAGUAUCGCCGAAUAUUUGGAAAUCGAAGUGUCAGAUUGUUAUGCCCUUCCUGCACAAGGUAUGACGGUGCAACGAUUGAAACCAAAUUCUGCGGUGAUCGAUUCCGAAUAUCGUUUGAAAAUCUAUGAACGCAAUUUACAACUGCAAGAUGUGGAUGUUCCUAUCUAUCCCAUGUUUUUACGUAUUGCUCAAUCAGCUUUGCCAGAGGGAGUAGAAUUGAGUGUACAAGAACACACCAGUGAAUGCGAAGAAAGACGUUAUGUUCCUGACAAAGAUUUGCUUGAACUCAAAGCCGAAUUGGAAAAAAUGCAAAGUGGAAAGAAAAAAUAAUGCAAAUAAAUUCUUUUGUUUUUAUUUUGCUGUAGAAAAUUUCGUUUAAAACAUAAUACAAUAAAAAAUAUACUAUAAAUAUGCAUAUAA